AUGACUCUCUUUUCUCGGACUAGCAACCCAUUUCUCCCCUCCAUUCGAGUUAGGGUUGUUCCGUUCAGUGUGGUCCAUCUUUCUCCUGCGAGAACAGGUCCGUCUCAGUUUACAGUCUCCCUCUGCCGUACACCACCGAGCCUUGUGCCUGAACUCGUCACAAGUCAUGCAGUCUGGCCCCAAAGACCUUGGGUCGCCUCCAUAGUUUGUCGGGCAGUCAUGGGCCUGAUGCCCACCAUACUUGCAAGUCCAGCACGCCAGCCCAUAUCGACCUGGUGUGGGCUUGUGAAACCCAUGACGCAGAUCCUAGACUCUCCUAUUGGGAACUGCCUCAGCCUUCCAGUCCUCUUUCACCUCCUCUUUUGGGUCCCAUAUCUGGAUGCGGUCCUUCUUUUUCAUGACUACUUUGGCCCCACGGGGGUUCCUACCUACACCCCCUCUUAUUCUAUCCUAGAGUCAUUCGCUGGUCCGAGCUGCCUCUAUGGCUGCGGCCAGGCUGACUGGUCCCCCUUCAGAAUAUCACCCCUCAGGGCUCUGUCACUCAGCACGUCCACAUACACAUCGGCCAACAAGGCCGGAAUGGGACCACUGUCCUGA